UGCGGAGAAGGGCGCCGGGCCCGCGGGCUUCUGUAGGAUGGGGCGGGGCCGCCAGCGCGCGCCACUUUUCGCCUUUCCUGGAACAGCGCCGGCGCGGGGCUGGGGAGAGUGACGGUCAGCGUUGCUGCGCCUGCGCCGCGGGAAUCCGCGGAGAAAACGCUCAUUCGCGGAGUUGAAAUUUCUGUGGGUCGGCAGGGGCUCCGGUGUUCCGUGGGUGCUGUUGGUGCUCGACCAGAGCGCGAGUGGGCGCUGUGGGUCCCACGACACCGCCUGGGGUGUAUCUGUGGCGCGCGCCUCCCCUCCCCGCCCUGUGAGCCUCUGACCACUCCUCUUUUCCAGAAUCCUGCGUCUCUUCCUAGCGCGGCCACUGUCCCCAGUCCCCCAAGGAAAAUGGCGACAGCUCAGGUACUGAACAUUGGUAAAAAGCUCUAUGAAGGUAAAACAAAAGAAGUCUAUGAAUUGUUAGAUAGUCCAGGAAAAGUCCUCCUGCAGUCCAAGGACCAGAUUACUGCAGGAAAUGCAGCCAGAAAGAAUCACCUGGAAGGAAAAGCUGCAAUCUCAAAUAAAACUACGAGUUGUAUUUUUCAGUUGCUACAGGAAGCAGGUAUAAAAACUGCUUUCACCAGAAAAUGUGGGGAGACAGCAUUCAUUGCACCUAAGUGUGAAAUGAUUCCAAUUGAAUGGGUUUGUAGAAGAAUAGCAACUGGUUCUUUUCUCAAAAGAAAUCCUGGUGUCAAGGAAGGAUAUAAGUUUUACCCACCUAAAGUGGAGUUGUUUUUCAAGGAUGAUGCCAAUAAUGAUCCACAGUGGUCUGAGGAACAGCUCAUUGCUGCAAAAUUUUGCUUUGCUGGACUUGUUAUAGGCCAAACUGAAGUGGAUAUCAUGAGUCAUGCUACACAGGCUAUUUUUGAAAUACUGGAGAAAUCCUGGUUGCCCCAGAACUGUACACUGGUUGAUAUGAAGAUUGAGUUUGGUGUUGAUGUCACCUCCAAAGAAAUUGUUCUUGCUGAUGUUAUUGAUAAUGAUUCCUGGAGACUCUGGCCAUCAGGAGAUCGAAGCCAACAGAAAGACAAACAGUCAUAUCGUGACCUCAAGGAAGUAACUCCUGAAGGGCUCCAGAUGGUAAAGAAAAAUUUUGAGUGGGUUGCAGAAAGAGUAGAGUUGCUUCUGAAGCCAGAAAGUCAGUGCAGGGUUGUAGUAUUGAUGGGCUCAACCUCUGAUCUCGGUCACUGUGAAAAAAUCAAGAAGGCUUGUGGAAAUUUUGGCAUUCCAUGUGAACUUCGGGUAACAUCUGCUCAUAAAGGACCAGAUGAAACUCUGAGGAUUAAAGCUGAGUAUGAAGGGGAUGGCAUUCCUACUGUAUUUGUGGCAGUGGCAGGCAGAAGCAAUGGUUUAGGACCAGUGAUGUCUGGUAACACUGCAUACCCAGUUAUCAGCUGUCCUCCCCUAACUCCAGACUGGGGAGCUCAGGAUGUGUGGUCUUCUCUUCGACUACCCAGUGGUCUUGGCUGUUCAACCAUACUUUCUCCAGAAGGAUCAGCUCAGUUUGCUGCUCAGAUAUUUGGAUUAAACAACCAUUUGGUAUGGGCCAAACUACGAGCGAGUAUAUUAAACACAUGGAUUUCCUUGAAGCAGGCUGACAAGAAAAUAAGAGAGGGUAAUUUAUAAGAAAGAACAUCUGUAUUUUUUUUAGGAGAAAAGACUGUCUAGUUUAGCUGCAGGAAAAAAUAUCAAGCAAGAUGGAAAGAUUUUAAAUCAAUCAGAGGAAACAAAAUGUAUUAGUAAAUAAA